UUGGGAAAGGCUGUUUCUUAUCGGACUGAUGGAAGUGAAUGCCCGGACGACUGACUUUUGUCCCUGUAUUUAGGCACACGAGGUAACCCUCGGUGUCGGUAUGGAUGAGCUAAAGCGGCAAUAUGGGAUUGGGUAUUAUGGGCAAGAAGGUGAGGGCGACUGCCCACUGGAGUCUGGGUAUCGUGCUCACGAUGGUUGAGCUGUGCUUGAGGGUAGGUAAAGGGAUGGCGUCGGAAGAAGCGGCUGAUGAACUGCGAAGCAAAGGAAGUCAGGGCACGGGUAGGGGUACGGAACGAAACGAAGCGUCAGUAAAGGAUCGAGAGUCGGCGAAACCACAGGGAAGCAGGGAAGAUGGGAAGGAUCUUUCGACAGGUGAAAGCUCGGGGAAAGCCGGGAGUAGCAAAAGAGGACCUCAGGAAAAUAGGAAGGGAAGAGACAAUGGAAGAUUGAGUCCUCGAAACUCAAAAGGGGCUACGCCCAAGAAAACGAAGAUCUCGGACGUCCGCUGUAAGCUGGCAGAGAUAGAAAAGCGGAUCGCAGAAUAUAAAGCGAGGCUUAUGGAGGAAAUGAUGGCUGGGAAUGAAAGGGAUUCCCUGGGAAUAGGGUCACGAGAGGAACGAAGGGUCAGCCAGGGCGAAAUCAGGCGCGGAGGGAAGGAUAACAACCAUAAGGGAACGCCUAGCAAGAAAGGGAAGGAAAAGGGGGAUGCUCCGGCUGUGGAGGCAGAAAAGGCUACGCCCCCGCUUGCAAUGGACAACGGGACUAGCCGCCUGCCCGCCACACCAAAAGUAGCAAAGGGUUGCGACGGACUUUGGAGUCUCAGAGAAAGGGUGCUAGGAUGGUUUGACCCUGAGGGUACGCCAAAGGCUGGGGAAAAGCACGGGGACAGCAAGGAAGGAGAAGGGACCAGUCCGGCGCAGCUGUCCCGACCUGCCCUCCCGCCCCAAGAGGCCGUAGUUCCGGCAACGGUGGCGAAUCGGGGGUAUGGCAGAAGGGAUCCGUCCAAUGAGCAAUGCAGGUAUUGCACAAUGGUCGGACAUUUCAUGUGGACUUGUCCAAGACUCAACCAUGAUAUCAUGAGACAGAGAUGCAGCAGGUCCCUUAAGGGUGAGAUUCUCGGACCCCAAGGAGAGCACGUAAAUCGGAAUUCGCUAGGAGGAAUGCGGCGUGUCGUCAUUGUCCUGAAUAACUUGGAUAUAGUCGCCGUAGAAGCAGAGCCGGUAGCCGAUAUUGUCUGGGACCAACCGAGGGGACGUGGACCACAGGCCAAUUUUAUCCUAGAGGGCAAUGGGCAGGAUAGGGUAAACAUCACCACCCGACGGGCCGGUGCGAAAAAGAAGCUUAUUCGAGACACGGUAAUGGAAGAGAUUGCUGGGACUGGCGCAGAUCAGGAAGAAACUGAAACUGGGGAACAAAAGGUCUACAGGAAGGCAAGGGAAGCGGAGCCGAUAGACAAGGUUACGACGACGAAACAGAAGUUCAGGUAUUAAAUCCCGAUUUUGACCUUGCCAGAGAUUGACGAUACCUUGAACAAGUUGUUGGGUACCAUGGUAUCGGUAUCCUUCCAGACCA